AUGAACAUCGAGGUGCUCCGCAACACGCUGUACAAGGCCUACCUGGACGACUUUGCGGGGCUGUGCGGGCGCCUGGGCGGCGCCACGCACCAAGUCAUGGGAGACCUUCUGGCCUUCGAGGCCGAUCGCCGCGCGCUGAACAUCACGCUCAACUCCAUCGGCACGGAGCUGACGCGCGACGACCGGCGCCGGCUCUACGCCAACUUUGGGCUCCUCUACCCCAAUGGUGGCCAGAACGAGCUGGCGCUGGCAGAGGACUUUGAUCAGAUCCGGGCCGCCAUGGAGAAGUGUCCGCCGUACCAGGCCAUCUUCAGCAAGCUGGGCGCGGGCGAGUCGGUGAUGCUGGACAAGGUGCUAUAUGAGGAGGAGGCCAAGCGCGCCAUGCAGACGUUUGAGCAGCAGUUCCACUACGGCGUGUUUUACUCCUACAUGCGCCUGAGGGAGCAAGAGAUCCGGAACAUUAUGUGGAUUGCAGAGUGCGUGGCGCAGGGCCAGAAGGGCCGCAUCAACGACGGCAUCGUGCCCCUCUUCUGA